CGUGCUUGCCCCCCCCUUCUCGCCAUCCCGUGUACGGUGAGUUUCCGGUGUCGGCUCAUCGCAUACCGCAGGCUGCCCUGUGUUGGGGAAAUUCACCCCUCCUCGGGGCAGAACCCUCCCCACAGGUGAGGCGAUGAAUUUGCGCGACGAUCUGACCGGCGUAUAUUUUAUACGUAACCCUAAGAAGAUUCGGAUGAUGCGCAUGCUGACGUUAAUUUAGUUCGCCUCGAGAUCCCGUGUGGCUAAUCGGUCGUCGCCAUGUCAAACAUAGUUUUAAACCUGGACUCGGGGCCCUGUCCGUCCGGCGGGAAGAAAGAACAUUUCAACACGAAGCAUCAACAGUUCCUCAGAAAACGUAAAUUUUUGGAAAGAAAGGGAUUUCUCAAGCAGAAGCAACUGCCGGCGAAGCCAAACGCAGGGCAUGCCUCAAACUCCUGGGGCCAGACGAAGGAGAGAGGGGGCCAAGAUGGCAGCUGGACCAAAUUUAACAGGACUAAGAAACCUUCCAAUCAAACAGGGCUUGGGAGUGGUUUCCACCAACAAGACGUCCCUGACAAAUCAACAAGAAAUGCCUUCCGGGGCCAGGGUAGCACGCUCACGGUCCGUGUGGACACCGGCCCACAUCAUUCACGCGUGGCAAGCUAUGUGCCUAACACGGCAACGGCCGUGCCAAACACUUCUUCUGCGCCAAGCCUGGUCAACGGUCGCAGGUAUGGUGCCAAUACGCAUUGUGGAGCUCCACCAGAGCAACGCAAAGUGAAUAUACUGAGCGAGUUUGAAAGCGGACUUCCCCCAGUCUACUCCGGCACAAAACCAUCUUACAAACUCGUGGCCAUUGACUGUGAAAUGGUGGGCACGGGGCCGAAGGGGCGGAACAGUGACCUGGCUCGGUGCAGCGUUGUCAGCUACCAUGGGGACGUGGUGUAUGAUAAGUACAUCAAACCCGAGAGCCCCGUCACAGAUUACCGGUCAAAGUGGAGCGGCAUCAGAAGAGAGCACAUGGUUAACGCCACUCCAUUUAGCGUAGCGCAGAAAGAGAUCUUGAAAAUCCUCAGUGGUAAGAUAGUGGUCGGACAUGCCAUCCACAACGACUUCAAGGCCCUGAGAUACUUCCAUCCCAAGGAAAUGACCCGCGAUACGUCAAUGAUCCCCUUGUUGAACCGUAAGGCGGGCUUCCAGGACAAAGAAUCGGUUUCUCUGAAACGGCUCGCUAAGCAGCUGCUGCGCAAGGAUAUCCAGACCGGCAGGAACGGCCAUUCAUCCGUCGAGGACGCCAAGACUACGAUGGAACUUUACAGAGUGAUUGAAGCCGAGUGGGAGAGAGAGCUGGCGGCAGGCAAUGCCCAGAAAUAACACCUUGUGUGCGUCACCAUCUUGAGGCAGAAAGUAUUUAAUCCUCUUCAGAUGGGACGGAAUAAAAGCUAAACUGUUUAGUAUUGAGUUGUUUUAUAUAUAUAUAUAUAAAAAAACAAAAAACUAAGAGAA